AUGUCCAGCACCAGCGUCCAGACUGGCUGGACGCCUUCGGGCCACAAGGACCUCGCGGUCCACGUGAACGCGCGGCACGCGGAGCGGCGGCUCGCGGCCGUGCUCGCGCGGUCCACGACGCCGAGAGUGACCGCCGUGCUGGGCCGCUCGCAAGGAAGCGUGCACGUGGAGCUCUCCGGCGUUUGGGGCGAGAAGACGAGCUGUUUUAUAUCCGAGGCGGCCCUCCCAGCCGGCUCCUGCCUCCUCCAAGAUCAAGGCGCCGACUACUGGCUCGAGGUGACCGAGGCUGCGCCGCAACGGGACGGCGCUGCCGAAGGCGCAGCCAUGUGGGGCUAUGCGGCGAGCGGCGCGGCGGCGGGAGCGAACGGGCGCUCGGCCACCACGACGCUCGAGCGGCAGCUCGCCCAGCUCGAGGCGGUGGAGCUGCUCGGGGAGCGCUGCGAUCCGCGCCGCCGCGCCGCCUUCUUGACCUUUGGGGAGCCGCCCGCCGAGGCCCUCGGCGAGCCGGGUCUGGCGCCCGCCUGCGAGCCGCCGCCCGAGAAGGCGGGCAAGUGGGUAAGGCCCGGCUGCGACUGCAUCACGCGCGACGUGCUCGACGGGUACGACCGGCCGCGGCACGCCGACUGCUUUGCGUGGCUCGCCGACCGGCCCCACGCGGUACGCCUCAUGCUCUACGCGCAGCUGAUCCAGCACAUCGUCGAGGUCGACAUCUAUGCACACCUCCGCGCCGAUCAGACCGUCGAGGCGCGGCUGCCGUCGAACGAGGCGGCCGCGCGCCACUUGCACCGGCGGAUGGUCGUCGAGCCGGCCUCCCUUCGCGUUGUGCUCGAGCGGUGGGGCAAGCUCACGUGGCGCGAGUGCAAACAGCUCGACGAUCGGCUGGGCCACUCGCCCCUGAGCGUGGAGGGCUGCGACUUCAGCGCCGCCAACUUCCUCCUCCAGGUCUUUCAGAUCUGCGGCGUCGUCGAGCCGGCGGACACGCGCGGCGACUGCCCGAUUUGCUUCGCGGAAUACAUACCGCACCUGUACGGCGUGCCAUUCCGCAAGCAGGAGGAGGCCCUCUUUGCGAGCCUCGAGCCGUGCGGCCACUCGGUGUGCAUGCAGUGCAAGGACCGACUCGCCUUUCACUUGCGGGCACCGCCGCCGCGCCCAGGCAGCCCCUUCAACAGCUUCGACAAUCUCAUCGCCGAGGAACUGGGCGAGGAUACGGACGAGACGGGCACCCCCUACGGCUACGCCCCAGGCGGCGAGCGCGUGUACACAUGCCCGCUCUGCCAGAAGGAGCUCGACGGCUGGGCGCCCUUUGUAGACAGGGGCGGCACCUGCCAAUUUGUAGAGGCGCGCCCGUGA